AUGGAAGGAAAUGGCCCUGACUUCAAUGAUAUAUUAAACAAUAUGAUAAGCAAUCGAUAUACCGAAGACCUAGCAAGUCUACAAGACCCCUCAUUUGGCAGUCACAUAGAGAUGCUGAACCAAAAUUUGACAAGUUUAAUCACAACAGAAUUAAAUGCAAUUCUAUCUGAAAAACAGCAGCUUUCCAAAGAAAUUGAAGAAUUUAACAAAUAUAAGGACGAAGAGCUCCAGAAAUUAGAACAAUGCGAAAAAGAAUGGGCAGAGAAAAAAGCUCAGUACCAGUCAAGUGGAAAUGAAAGCAAAAUUAUCGAAAUUAAUGUAGGCGGCACACAUAAAGUGACGACAACUCUUUCUACACUUUUAAAAGUCCCUCAGUCUGCCUUAGCAGCUUGCUUUAAUGGGACAGUUCAGCUUCCUAAAAUAAAAGGAGAAAUUUUUAUUGAUAGAGAAGGUCAGUCUUUUUGCAACGUAAUCAGUUUUUUGAGGACAGGGAAAUUUCCCAAAUUUGAGACAUUCGAAGAAGAAGCUGCCUUUUUAGACGAGCUUGACUUCUGAGGAAUCCCUUAUGAAGAAAUAGAGACUGAUAUAGACCAAGAUCUGAAACAUUUUGACCCAAAUUGGUGCGCAUCUACAUUAAUUCUAGAAAAUAAUAAUACAGUCCUGAAAAAGGUAGGAAGCCCUCAUGGUAUUGCUUUUGGAGCUAUCCCAAUGAGUAAAGAAUGCCCAUACGUCGAGUUUAAAAUUUCGAUAACUUCUGGCUCAAGCAAUGGGUCUCAUAUUUUUCUAGGACUUGUGGAUAAAUCAAAAUAUUCGUCAUCUCAGCUGGUUUCAACCCGCUGGAGAGAUGCCCCAUGCUCUUGGUAUUGGGAUGUGUGGAAUUGUAAAUUGGUAAAAACUGAUGAAAAUGGGGUGCAUUCUUUUGUGACUGGGUAUGGGUGUGACUGUGAUGAUGAAGAAACAGUCUUGGGGAUUUAUUAUGAUUCUAAAAGAAGGACUGUGUCUUUUUAUAAGAAAGGGAUUAACCAAGGAGUGGCUUAUAAUAAUGUGUCGAGCGGGUUGUUUCCUAGUAUUGAUGUGUGGUUUGAUACUGGAAGUGUCACGUUUUUACAGACGAAGCUCGCGAAGACUAUGGCAUAUAUGUAA